AUGAGUGAAAGGCCGGUGCCAAGAAGGGAGAGCCCCUGGGGAGUGUCUGAGGGCUACCACCCCGAGCCCAAAGCCCACCGAUGCAAUGACCGAGCUGAAGAUGUGAUUUAUAGAGCCAAAAAAUUGGCCGGCACAGUGAACUGGGAUACGGCAACUGUGGUUGGAGUAUUUGCUGGCAUGCUAUAUGGAGGUAGCAAAGAAGCCUCUGCAUCUGUUACCAAGGAUGCAGAGGUAAUGUUGAAGCUUGGAAGCACUCCUGAAAAGUGUGAGCAGUAUCGACUUAUGAGGGAUGCAAUGGAGAAGAGAUUUAUCCGAGUCGCUCGUGGUUCAAUAGUUGGUGGGAUCCGCUUAGGGAUGUUUACUGCUGCAUUUUAUGGUGUGCAAAACUUGCUUGCUGAAGAAAGAGGCGUGCAGGAUGUUUUUAAUGUGGUUGGAGCCGGUUCCACGACAGCUGCUACAUUUGGUUUAAUCAUGCCUGGUUCACUUCGUUGGCGUGCAAGGAAUGCGAUUUUGGGUUCCGUUUUGGGUGCAACGAUCUGCUUCCCUUUUGGUUGGCUUCAUUUGAAGCUUGUAGAGAAAGCAAAUGAAGGGACACCACCUACUGAUACCGAAGGCGGUAAAAAUCUGGAAGCAAAGAGUGGAGUUUAA